AUGGGGCAGAACAUCGUGAAAGACGUCAAAAAGGGACUGUACCCGGCGCUUAGGGAGUUCAGGGUCCUCGCGAUCGAUGUCACCAAGCCCAUUAAACUUCCCUGGUUUCUUGAUGACUUGGACGAUGACCUUGAGGAUGACCUUGACCUCGACGAUGAAUAUGGCUUGUAUGGACCUGGGGCACCCGGGGGACGGCGGGGGCCCCGGAUGCCAGAGCUUUUCGAUUUGGAUAUGCAGCGCGCUUUGCAGGAUCCGGACUUUGCGCACCUUCGUCCGCAUGCCGAGCGAUGA